AAACUGCUGCUUCUGCACCAACUUCUGCCAUCAGUAUUGCUGCUACAGACACCAGUGACCGACAGGGCGUUCUUACUCUUAAAGUGACUUGGAAGAUGAGGGCUGCUAUCCCACUGCUGGUGCUGCUGCUCUCCAGGUGUGGAGUCCCGACAGAGAGCCAAGGCACUGACGCCUCUAACCAGGACGUCUCUGCUGAGCUGAAGGAACUCCGAGACAUGAUGGCGGAGCUGAAGACGCAGGUGGACAAUCUGAGGAGGGAAAACGCAGCACAAGAGGCAGAGCUGACGGCCAUCAGAGCAGCACCCAAGGUGGCCUUCUCAGCGGCUCUGAGGGACUGGGGAUUUAGCCACAAGAAGGCCGAGACUGAUGACCUGGACGUGGUGUUCAACAAAGUCAUCACCAACGUAGGAGAGGCCUACAACAGCACAACUGGCUUCUUCACAGCUCCAGUCAGGGGGGUCUACUACGUCAGGUUCACUGCGAUGGAUAAACUGGACACGUAUGUCAAAGUUGAGCGUUUCAUGUCCAUCCGGAUGCAUAAGAACGGGGAGCUGCUCAUGCAGCUGUGGGAGAAGGACAAUCAGGAGUUUUACGUCUACCUGUCCAGUGGUCUGACUCUGCAGCUGGAGAAGGGAGACACAGUUAACAUGGUGAUACCAAAAAGCCUUAGGAUCUCGGACAGUAACGAGUACCAAAGCACCUUCACUGGCUUCCUGCUCUUCCCUCUCGAGUCAAAACUGACAAAACUGACAAGUCUCCUAUACACUGCAAUGGAAACAGCUUGGUUUAACUUUAAAUUUUAAGUUUACCAGCUGCCUCAGCAUUCCAAGUUAAUUAAACUCUUUCUUGUAAGUUCAAUUGCAAUGCAAAGCUUCACACAACUUACAAUAAGGAUUUAAAUGAACAUAGAAUUUUGAGGCAGCUGGUAUUUUUUUUUACAGUGUAGGCUCUACAAUACCUUCAGUGGCAUCCUGAUCUUCCCUCUCUGAACGCCACAGCAUCACCAUGACUUCACACCACUCAUACUGGUGAUGAUGGAGAAAUGAUCAAUGGAAACCAUUAUCAUUUGUUUGAAAACGGAUAAAUGUAAAGCAUUGUCAUGAUCAAAUAAAUGUCCCCUAUACUGCA